AUGGGCCCCUGUACCGCCUCCUCAUGCUGCUGCCAGGCCCGUAAUCUGCCAUGGGCCCCCGUACCGACUCCUCAUGCUGCUGCCAGGCCCGUAAUCUGUCAUGGGCCCCUGUACCGCCUCCUCAUGCUGCUGCCAGGUCCAGAGUGUGUCAUGGGUCCCUGUACGGCCUCCCAUUGCUGCUGUCUCCAUCGCCACACUCUGCCAUGUGCCACUUUCAGGUCUCCUCACACUGCUGGUGGGUUGCAUUUUUUCAUAGGGUGCUGUAUGGCCUCCCAUUGCUGCUGCCUCCACCGCCCACACUGUGGCUCCACACUCUGGUUUUGGCCCCGUGACUGCCCAAAUGAGUGAAGUGUGCGGUGAUUCUAAGAUCGACGGCACUCAUCUGCAUGUCAUACUGACUGACAGUAUUAUUUCUCUUCCCCAGCAGACUCCAAGGGCAUUUAAAUUAAAGGUACAGUGUUCUGCACUAAUAUAA